AUCAUAUCGCUCGUAAAUAAAUUAAGGCAUGAAUUAAACCGCAUAUUUGGUGGGCCAUUGAAGCACAGCUAGCUCGCUACCUAGAAGAAACAGUCGUUGAUGUCGAGUUGGCACUUUGGCUUGGAAGUUAGCGCAUCUUGAGAGUACUUGGUACUUCUAUCCGGAGCAAGAUGACAGUACGAAGAGUAAACAUUUUAAUUCUGGUGCUGGUUGCCAUCGCAUUUCUUAUAAUUGUGCGUCGGAAUCUUCUGAGUCUGAGUGACUUCUUAAAGAGCGAAAGCACAGAUGCAUUACCUGGUGUGCUGCACCCUUUUGACCCUGACUUUGCCAUUGAGUCUCCACGAAAAUCUGAAGUUGCCAGAACGGGAGAAGAAAUCCCUGUCUUGAUCACGGCAGGAGAGGAGAGGCUCGGUGCUGUGGUAGCAGCUAUGAACAGCGUGUACCGUAACAGCAAAUCCAACAUUGUUUUCAACAUUGUUACCAUGAAUGACACAGAAGAUCAUCUAAAAACUUGGCUCAGCAAAACUCACCUGAGUGAAGUCAAUUAUAAAAUUAUUCGGUUUGACCCAAGGAUUCUGAAUGGUAAAAUAUCAAAGGAUCCCCCGAAUGUUGACACCGUGAAACCGCUGACAUUUGCCAGAUUUUAUAUGCCCAUGUUCAUUCCGGAUGCAGAGAAAGCAAUAUAUUUAGAUGAUGACGUCAUUGUACAAGGUGAUAUCCAGGAACUGUUUGAUACUAACCUUAAGGCAGGGCAUGCGGCUGCAUUCUCUGAUGAUUGUGACUCUGCAUCCUCCAAAGGUAUCAUUCGAGGGGCUGGAAAUCAGAACAACUACAUUGGCUUCUUGGAUUUCAAAAAGGAAGCGAUCAAAAAGCUUGCCAUGCGAGCCAACACAUGCUCAUUCAACCCUGGGGUCUUUGUGGCCAAUCUGACUGAGUGGAAGCACCAGAACAUCACCAGCCAGCUGGAGAGAUGGAUGGAACGGAACGUGGAGGAGGACCUCUACAGCAGAGCUCUGGCUGCUAGUAUCACCACACCUCCCUUGCUGAUUGUUUUCUACAAGCGUCACUCCAGCAUUGACCCAAUGUGGCAUGUCCGGCACCUUGGAUCCACUGGAGCUGGAAAUCGAUAUUCCCCCCAGUUUGUGCAAGCUGCCAAACUCCUGCACUGGAAUGGACAUUACAAGCCCUGGGGGUGGACUUCGUCUUUCUCUGAUAUUUGGGACAAGUGGUACAUUCCAGAUCCAACUGGCAAGUUUCACCCCAUUCGAAGACACACAGAAGACAAGUAAACCUUGACAGACUGUAAGCUACGUGGCUUCUCUUCUCCUCAACUUUUCAUUGACUUCUGAGGAAGGUUUACUUGAUUCAAGAACAUUACAGCGUGUAAUUCACCGAUGCCUGUGAGGGAUUAUCACAAUGUUUCUCAGCUCACUGGCACAGUACUGAUCAUAUGACUGAGAUUGACCUACUAUUGUGCCCCAGGGACAUUGUUCUUACUGUGGAUUUGACAGAUUGAGAAGUAUUCCAACAAAAUGUAAUUCCAGCCUGUUGCCGGUUGUGUCUUGCACUUUAAAUUUUUACAUAUGUGGUGUUAAUACUAAGUUCAUAGCAGGACCAAGCUUAAUGCAGUUGCUGUCAUAUUGCCAUCAUUUUACAAAAAAGUAAAAGCAUGCAUGAGAUUGCGUAUAGAUAAGCUUUAGAUAUUUAAUUUUGGCAGCUGCUUUGGUGUGAAUGCUGUCACUGGUUUUCUGCUUUUUUAUCAUGAUGAUGUAAGGAUUUCUACCACUUGAGCAUUUUAACUUAAGCGUUGGUUAACAUGUUUUCAGGGAAGUGUUCUCACUUUGCUAAUGCUGUGCAUAAAUGUAUGUUUAAAAAAAACCUAGAGAAUAUUUAGCAUACUACAGGGAUUGCUGACCAUUGUUUUAAAAGAUGUAAUUUGUUAACCAAAUAUAACUGCAUUAUGCAUGGUAUGAAUUCUUUCCUAGAAUUUCCAGGAAAGACCGUAUGGAUGAGGUCUGAUUGUCUCUAUAAUCUCUCGACCAUUCCUAGGAAAUCUUAGGUUUCCCACAUGACCCGGAAGUAAUCAUUUUUAAAAAGCAAAAUGUAUGUGUGUACUGUAUGCUGCAAAUUAAGUGCUACUGAUUGAUUUCAUUGACAUAUUGCUUGCUUUUUUGCCAGAAAAAUAACUUGUUGUAGUAUUUUAAAAACGAUUGCAUUAUCCAUACUGGCUCGAACAAUUUUACGCAGAAACUGUUCUGUACUUAAUAUUAUCAACAAAAGAUAGCCUUCUAAUGCUAGACUUUUGGGUAUAGAAAGGAAGGGGGGAAUAGUUGUUUGCUGAAAAGACAGAGUCAUGAUCUACUUUAUAAUGGUUAACAUUUGAGGCAAUGUAUAUGAAUGUUCAGCAGCAAAUAGGAAACUGGACAUACAUUUGUCAAGUUAUCACCAAGCUGCAGCCAGGUCAAAGCAUUAUCAAUGUGCUUUUCAGUUUCCUUCCCAAAUUUUGACAAGGUAUUCCCUAGCUUUGAGGUCAACAUACAAACAAGUUUCAUGAUGAUCAGCCAUUGCUAAGCCUGUCACUUGCCCACCAACAACUGAUUGGCUGAUGGCUGCCAUAUUUUUUUCAGAUCAUUAUACAUUCCUUGGCAGAUUGACACCAAGACAGGAAAUGCAAAGAUUAAUCUUUACUGCUCAAAAAAAUUGAGGAUUAAAAAACAUUUUUGUUUAUUUUUCUCUUACAGUGCCACCUAUUGGCUAAGCACCACAAAAUUAGUAUGCUGCCUCUGAGUCAACCAUUGUACACGUACGCCAAGUUUUCUGAUGAUCGGACAAAGCACUCAGAAGUUACAGCUGUUGUAGUAAAAUGGCCGCAUGCACAACUAUUUAGUUGCAUAUGGCCAUAUUGUCUUGAAAGUUCAACAUUUCUUUGAUAAUUAUUCCAUUUCAGAUUCUACAGAUUCUUUCAAGGCUAAUUUGGUGACACCAAAGGCUUAAUGGCAUUUGACUAGUUUGUGAGAAAAUAAAAUAAAAUAAAAAUAAAAUAAAAUAAAAAUUCUAAAUGGUGAAAAAACAAAAUGUUUGCAGAUGUUUUUUGAGGCAGGGUUUGCAAACAUGCCAAAACCUGCAUGCUUCCUCGGAAUAUGGAUUGUACUUAUGUACCAAAUUUUGUGAGGAUUGGACAAGGCACUCAAGAGUUACAGCUGUUUAAGUAUAUAUUGUUUAUUUAAAAUUACUGAUGGUCUCAUGAUGUCAUUACCACUUGUGGUCAAAAUGAUAACUGUAUCGAAUACAUUUUCAUGAUUGAAAAUAGUUCAGGGGAACAACAACAAAUAAAUGAGCGUUGCCAAUAAAUCAGUGUGUGGGUGCCUGCACGGGCAACUGUUAAAUGCUUUGUAAUUUCACUGUUAAUUUUUCAUAAUAAUAAAGUUAUUUGAAUACAAAUUAAAUGAAAAUGAUGAUUAAAUCAUGCUGCUGAGUU